UAUCGAUGAAAAAAAUCGAUAGAUGAAAAUCGAAUACCGCUUACCGCCAUUUUAACUGCAGUAGCGUCGCCUGCAAUUUCUUUAUACAAUCAGAGACACUACAUGCUUCUGCCUUUAUCGUCUAGAAAACCAAGAUGGCUCGCGGUCCUAAGAAACAUUUGAAGCGUCUCAAUGCUCCCAAAGCAUGGAUGUUGGACAAAUUGGGAGGUGUCUAUGCACCUCGUCCGUCUACUGGACCACAUAAACUCAGGGAAUCGCUUCCCUUGGUCAUAUUUUUACGUAACAGAUUGAAAUAUGCUCUAACUAAUUGCGAAGUUACAAAGAUUGUAAUGCAACGACUUAUCAAAGUUGACGGCAAAGUACGCACUGAUCCCAAUUAUCCUGCUGGUUUUAUGGAUGUUAUCACCAUUGAAAAGACCGGUGAAUUCUUCCGUUUAAUUUAUGAUGUGAAAGGACGUUUCACUAUUCACCGUAUUACAGCAGAAGAAGCUAAGUACAAGUUGUGUAAAGUCAAGAGAGUUCAAACUGGUCCAAAAGGAAUACCAUUCCUAGUUACACACGAUGGAAGGACAAUGCGUUAUCCGGAUCCUUUAAUAAAGGUUAAUGAUACUAUUCAAUUGGAUAUUGCCAGUGGAAAAAUAUUAGACUCCAUUCGUUUCGAUUCAGGAAAUUUAUGCAUGAUCACCGGCGGAAGGAAUUUAGGUCGUGUCGGAACAGUCGUUAGUCGUGAACGUCAUCCUGGUUCGUUUGAUAUUUGUCAUAUUAAGGACUCUCAAGGACAUACUUUUGCCACUAGGUUGAAUAACGUAUUCAUUAUUGGAAAAGGUCUAAAGGCAUAUAUAAGUUUACCAAGAGACAAGGGUGUCAAGCUUUCCAUCGCGGAAGAACGUGACAAGAGGUUAGCAGCAAAGGGAGUGAAUUAAUGUACAUUUUUAAAAAAUAUCCAAAUAAACUAAAAGUUUUUUGGUGAAA